ACAGGGGGCGUCAACAUGGCGUACUGACGACGACUGCAGCCUGCCAGAGAGAGAGACGAGAGGCGAUACGAAGAAGAGGGUACCAUUCUGCCGAGCGUCAAGAUAACUUGUCUUUUAUUUAUGCAUUCUUUCGCAUCAUCGGGAGAAUAGGGUGCGAUUCGAAGAACAGGAGAGGAAAACUGCCCCUUUCUUUUUGAUAUUCCUUAAUAUCCCCCCUUUCCCCCAGCCUCUCCGUAGUGUAUUUCAUGCAGCAGAAGGACUGACUGUUGAGAGCAGGUGUGUGAGUGUGUGUGUGAGAGAGAGACCCCAGCGGCCGCUCCUCUCUCCGUCCUCUCCAGUGUCCAAAGAGGAAAUGUCGAGCGAGAAGCCGGGAUCUGCAACUCCACUUUCGGAUCCAGACCGAACCGCUCAUCCCCCGGGCCCCGGCCAACCCCAGGUCGUUACGGGCGCUGGCUCUGCUCCCAUCGGGGACAGGAUGGUCUCUGGAUCCGGCUCCAUGGUGCUCCCGGCCGUACCGAUCAGGAAUAUCCAAAUGAAAUUCGCCGUACUGGUCGGCCUCAUUCAGGUUGGCGAGGUUAGCAACCGGGACAUCGUCGAAACGGUUCUCAACCUGCUGGUGGGAGGUGAGUUUGACCUAGAGAUGAACUUCAUCAUUCAGGACAGUGAGAGUAUCGGCUGUAUGGUCGACCUACUGUCUCACUGCGAAGUCACCUGCCAAGCUGAGGUGUGGUCCAUGUUCACAGCCAUCCUGAGGAAGAGUGUGAGGAACCUUCAGACCAGCACAGAGGUGGGCCUCAUACAACAGGUCCUGUCCAAGAUGAGCUCUGUGGACGACAUGAUCGCAGAUCUGCUAGUGGAUAUGCUGGGGGUGAUGGCCAGCUACAGUAUCACAGUGAAGGAGCUGAAGCUUCUAUUCAGUAUGCUGAGGGGAGACAACAGUAUCUGGCCUAGACAUUCUAUCAUCAAGUUGUUGUCUGUGUUGAACCAGAUGCCUCAGAGACACGGUCCAGACACCUUCUUCAACUUCCCACACACACAGACGCAGUGCAGCAGGGCUGAUGCUGUGUUCUGUCUCCUCCCCCAGGCCAUAGCGUUGCCUCCCAUCGCUAAGUGGCCUUACCAGAACGGCUUCACUCUCAACACCUGGUUCAGACAAGAUCCCCUCAACAACAUCAACGUAGACAAGGACAAACCAUACCUCUACUGUUUUCGGACCAGUAAAGGUGUUGGUUACUCAGCUCACUUUGUGGGGAACUGUCUGAUCGUGACAUCACUCAAGUCCAAGGGGAAAGGCUUCCAACACUGUGUGAAGUAUGACUUUCAACCCCGCAAGUGGUACAUGAUCAGCAUCGUCCACAUCUAUAAUCGCUGGAGGAACAGUGAGAUUCGUUGCUAUGUCAACGGUCAGCUGGUCUCCUAUGGCGACAUGGCCUGGCACGUCAACACCAAUGACAGUUAUGAUAAGUGUUUUCUAGGUUCGUCAGAGACGGCAGAUGCUAACAGGGUGUUCUGUGGUCAGCUGGGGGCCAUCUACGUGUUCAGUGAGGCUCUCAACCCCGCUCAGAUCUUCGCCAUACAUCAACUGGGUCCGGGCUACAAGAGCACCUUUAAGUUUAAGUCGGAGAGUGACAUCCACCUGGCCGAGCACCAUAAGCAGGUCCUGUAUGACGGGAAGCAGGCCAGCUCCAUCUCUUUCACCUACAACGCCAAGGCCACCGACGCACAGCUUUGUCUGGAGUCAUCGCCCAGAGAGAACGCAUCCAUCUUCGUUCACUCACCACACGCACUCAUGCUGCAGGAUGUGAAGGCCAUAGUGACCCACUCCAUCCACAGUGCCAUCCAUUCUAUAGGAGGGAUUCAGGUCCUCUUCCCUCUCUUUUCACAACUGGACUACAGACAACUCAACGACAGCUCUGUGGACACCAGCGUGUGUGCCACCCUGCUAGCGUUCCUGGUUGAGCUGUUGAAGAGCUCCGUGGCCAUGCAGGAACAGAUGCUGGGAGGAAAAGGAUUCCUGGUGAUCGGGUACCUGCUGGAGAAGUCGUCCAGGGUCCACAUCACCAGAGCGGUGCUGGAACAGUUCUUGUCCUUUGCUAAGUACCUGGACGGGUUAACCCACGGAGCGCCACUCCUCAAACAGCUGUGUGACCACGUCCUCUUCAACGCUGCCAUCUGGAUACACACACCCGCCAAAGUCCAGCUGUCCCUGUACACCUACCUGUCUGCAGAGUUCAUUGGCACGGCGACCAUCUACAGCACCAUCCGUCGUGUCGGUACCGUGCUGCAGCUGAUGCACACGCAGUACUACUACUGGGCCAGCAACCCACUGGAGAGCAGCGGCAUCACACCGAAAGGACUGGAUGGACCGAGGCCGUCCCAGAAGGAGAUCAUCUCUCUCAGAGCCUUCAUGCUGCUGUUCCUCAAACAACUCAUACUCAAGGAUCGGGGAGUGAAGGAAGAUGAGCUACAAAGCAUCCUGAACUACCUGCUCACCAUGCAUGAGGAUGAUAAUAUCCAUGAUGUUCUUCAGUUGUUGGUGGCUCUGAUGUCAGAACACCCAGCCUCCAUGAUCCCAGCCUUCGACCAGAGAAACGGCAUACGGGUGAUCUGUAAACUCCUAGCCUCUAACAGUGAGAACAUCAGAGUCCAGGCUCUCAAAGUCCUGGGAUACUUCCUCAAACACCUCGGACACAAGAGGAAGGUGGAGAUCAUGCACACACACAGCCUGUUCACCCUGCUGGGAGAGAGGCUGAUGAUCCACACCAGCACAGUCAGCGUCACCACCUAUAACACACUCUAUGAGAUUCUGACGGAACAGGUGUGUACCCAGGUAGUCCACAAGCCUCACCCAGAACCUGACUCCACCGUCAAGAUACAGAACCCCAUGAUACUGAAGGUGGUAGCGACCUUGUUGAAGAGCUCUAGUCCCAGUACUGAACUGAUGGAGGUCAAGACACUGUUCCUGUCUGACAUGAUCAAACUGUUCAGCAGCAGCCGAGAGAACAGACGGUGUCUGUUACAGUGUUCAGUGUGGCAGGACUGGAUGUUCAGUCUGGGUUACAUCAACCCCAAGAGCCCAGAGGAACAGAAGAUGAUGGAGAUGGUCUAUAACAUCUUCAGGAUCCUGCUCUACCACGCCAUCAAGUAUGAGUGGGGGGGAUGGAGGGUCUGGGUGGAUACGUUGUCCAUCGCUCACUCCAAGGUAACCUACGAGGCCCAUAAGGAGUACCUGGCUAAGAUGUACGAGGAGUACCAGCGACAGGAGGAGGAGAACAUCAAGAAGGGGAAGAAAGGUUCUGUCUCCACCAUCUCCGGCCUCUCGGCCACGCCCGCCCCCGUCGUCAACGGCAACCUGGAGAUCCGCGAGCUGGACGACCACUCCCAGAGCCAGACCCCCGAGAGUGAGGCCGAGUACGGAGAGGGAGGAGCAGGAGGGGUCUCCAGGAAUCUGCUUGCUGAGGGAGGGGUCGGGUUGGGCGUGAAGGGACCCAACAGAGAGGCAUUGACCCCUGGGGAGGAAGGUCAGGGGUCAGGCGUUAGGGUCGAAGUUCAUGACCUCCUGGUGGAUAUCAAGGCGGAAAAGGUGGAGGCCACAGAGGUCAAACUAGACGACCUGGAUCUGUCUCCAGAAGGGAUGGUCGGAGGAGGAGGAGUGAUGGAGGGACUGGUUAGAGGAGGGAGGAUGGAGGGAUUGGGAGGAGGAGGGAUAGGAGGAGGGAGGAUAGAGAACGGGCCACUGGUGGAGGUGGACUCCCUGCUGGACAGCGCCUACAGUGCCGUGGUGCAGAAGCUGAAAGGGAACCACGGUAACCUGACAUCUAAAGAUGAGACGGUGGUCACGGGGCUUGGCGCCAUAGAGGAUGAUGGGAACAUGGGUCCGCUCAUCACCCUUGCCGACGAGAAAGAUAGUGUCCCUAGCAACAACGGAUUCCUCUUCAGCAAGGUUGAUGAGAAGCUUCUUCCAGCACUGGCCACCACAGACCCUCUGGUUCUGCCCAGCCCGGACCAGCCCAACCCCUUAGGCUCUGGCCCCGUCCUCUCCUCCACCAGCGCCAGCGACGACCUGAGUCUCCUAGCCCACAUGACCUCCUGCAGGGGCUCAGACCUGAACCAAGCCCAGGGAGGGCUCCCCGAGGUCGGGCCCUUCAAGAUCCAGAGCCCCCUGGCUGACAUCAGCUCCAUUGCCCAGAGAGAGAGCCAGGCAGCUGAGAUCCAGGGCUACCCAGGGGGAGAGGGUCCGUCUGGGGCAGAUGGAGAGGUGGCAGGGGGUAAGGCUGGCGGUGACACGGUGAGCACCACGUCUGAUACAGAAAGGUCUGAAGAUGGGAAGGAGAUGAAGAUCCAGACCACGGCCACUACUCAGGCUCUCCACGGUCGUACGGCGGCCCAGUUGGAACGUGACCUGCGUGUGGACCUGGGAUUCAGAGGGAUGCCCAUGACAGAGGAGCAACGACGCCAGUUCAGCCCCGGGCCUCGCACCACCAUGUUCCGUAUCCCAGAGUUCAAGUGGUCGCCCAUGCACCAGCGCCUCCUCACUGACCUGCUGUUCGCCCUGGAGACAGACGUACACGUCUGGAGGAGCCAUUCAACCAAGUCAGUAAUGGACUUUGUGAACAGCAAUGAGAACAUCAUCUUUGUCCACAACACUAUACACCUCAUCUCUCAGAUGGUGGACAACAUCAUUAUCGCCUGUGGAGGGAUCCUCCCUCUGCUCUCUGCAGCCACCUCCCCCUCUGUUGAGUUAGAGAACAUGGAGUUGACCCAGGGCAUGUCUUCAGAGACGGCGGUGUCCUUUCUGUCUCGGCUCAUGGCCAUGGUGGACGUUCUGGUGUUCGCCAGCUCCCUCAACUUCUCUGAGAUAGAGGCUGAGAAGAACAUGUCCUCUGGAGGUCUGAUGAGACAGUGUCUACGACUGGUAUGUUGUGUAGCCGUGAGGAACUGUCUAGAGUGUAGACAGAGACAGAGAGAUAGAGAUAUUGGUUGUCUCUCCAAGUCUAACCUGCCCAGCAGCAAGUCACAGGACAGCCUACAGAGCUCCGCUGCAGCUAGCAAGGAUCCAGACAGACUUCUACAGGACGUUGACAUCAACCGCCUCAGAGCUGUCGUCUUCAGAGACGUGGAUGACAGUAAGCAGGCUCAGUUCCUGGCCCUGGCGGUGGUCUACUUCAUAUCUGUCCUGAUGGUGUCAAAGUACCGGGAUAUCCUGGAACCACAGAGAGAGAUUGGCAGGUCAAGCAGCCUAUCAGGGAGGAGCAUCCGCCACGAGAUCAACUCCCCCACUAGUACAGAGCACCCGUCGUCCUCCUUUUCUGAGGGUGGCCGGGGGGAGAAGCAGACCCCCACCUCCAUGGAGGACUCUCCAUUGGCCUCUUUACCCCACACCGACUCAGGCAUUGGGGAGGAGGGCCAUGGCCCUGGGGGUCUGAAUGGAGCCGAGCUGGGCCUAGGGCUGGGGAUGGCAGGCAGGGAGACGGACAGAGAUAGACACAGAGAGAGGGAUGGAGGCGGAGUGGAUCUACUGUGCACCCUGUCAUCAGAGGUUAGGAGGUCAAGGGAGAGCCUAUUGGAUUCUCCUCAUAACCCUAACUCCGCCUCCAAUCUUGGUCAAGCACCUCCCUCGUCGAUCUCAAGCAUCAGCCAGACUAACAAGGGCAUCAACGUCAAGGAGAUUCUGAAGAGCCUUGUGGCCGCGCCCCUGGACGGUGGGGAGGCGGGACAGGAAGUUGGUCCCACCCCCUACCACCCUGAUCCCGCCCUCAAGACACACCCCAUGCUGCCCAUGCAGUUCCACUCAUUCGACAGGUCUGUGAUGGUGCCAGUCAAGAAGCCCCCUCCCGGCACCCUGUCAGUCAACACUGUGGGCACGCCCACCACCAGCGGCGCGGCCACACCAGGAAGUACACCAAACAUCUUCGCUGCUGCCACGGCAACGCCCAAGAGCAUGAUCAACACCACAGGUGCCACUGACUCUGCCUCUUCUUCCUCUUCUUCUUCCUCAUCCUUCGUCAACGGGGCGACCAGUAAGAACCUACCAGCCGUACAGACAGUGGCUCCCAUGACCGAUGACAACGUUGAGAGCAUGAGUGUCUAUUGUGAGGUGGAGCAGUGUGAGCUGCGCAGCGGUUUGACUCCUCCUGAGCUCAAGCCCUUUAGCUCUCUGGCAGGCUUCCAGACAGCCCCCCGCGAUGCAGGACAGUGUCUUAGUAUCACCACUAAGUUGGAGCGUGCCCUGGAGAAGGUGGCCCCCCUCCUGAGGGAGAUCUUUGUGGACUUUGCUCCGUUCCUCUCUAGGACCCUGUUGGGUAGCCACGGCCAGGAGCUGCUCAUUGAAGGUCUGGUCUGUAUGAAGUCCAGUACUUCAGUAGUAGAGCUGGUCAUGCUGCUCUGUUCUCAGGAGUGGCAGAACUCUAUCCAGAAGAACGCUGGGCUGGCCUUCAUAGAGCUCAUCAAUGAGGGAAGAUUGCUGUGCCAUGCUAUGAAGGACCACAUUGUGCGUGUGGCCAACGAAGCAGAGUUUAUCCUUAACAGACAGAGAGCUGAAGACGUACACAAACACGCUGAGUUUGAGUCUAACUGUGCCCAGUACGCUGCUGACAGGAGGGAGGAGGAGAGGAUGUGUGAUCACCUGAUCAGCGCUGCCAAGCACAGGGACCAUGUGACCGCCAACCAAUUGAAACAGAAGAUACUCAACAUCCUGACCAAUAAGCACGGGGCGUGGGGCACGAUGUCACAGAGCCAAUUACAUGACUUCUGGCGUCUGGAUUACUGGGAGGAUGACCUGAGGAGGAGGCGGAGAUUCGUACGGAACCCCUUUGGCUCCACCCACCCUGACGUGUCACUCAAAGCCCUGGAGGACUAUGGUACUGAGGAGGAGGAAGAGGAGGGUCUAAAGUCUAAGAAAACGUUCCGCAGCCAGUCAGUGGUCAGUCAGAACCCGGAGGCGGAGCUUAUGCUGGAAGGAGAUGACGACGCUGUCAGUCUGCUGCAGGAGAAAGAGAUGGACAACCUGGCAGGCCCUGUGGUGCUCAGUACUCCAGCCCAGCUGGUUUCUCCAGUAGUGGUGGUCCACGGGACUCUCUCCAUCACCACCACAGAGAUCUACUUUGAGGUGGACGAGGACGACCCGGCCUUCAAGAAGAUCCACACCAAGGUCCUGGCCUACUCCGAGGGUCUACAUGGCAAGUGGAUGUUCAGUGAGAUCAGAGCUGUCUUCUCCAGAAGAUACCUGCUCCAGAACACUGGUCUAGAGGUGUUCAUGGCCAACCGCACGUCUGUGAUGUUCAACUUCCCCGACCAGGCUACAGUGAAGAGGGUAGUCUACAGCCUACCCAGGGUGGGAGUAGGAACCAGCUACGGACUGCCUCAGGCCAGGCGUAUCUCCUUGGCGACGCCUCGUCAGCUGUUUAAGUCGUCCAACAUGACCCAGCGCUGGCAGAGGAGGGAGAUCUCCAACUUCGAGUAUCUCAUGUUCCUCAACACCAUCGCAGGGAGGACUUACAAUGAUCUGAACCAGUACCCAGUGUUUCCUUGGGUUCUCACUAACUAUGAGUCAGAGGAGCUGGACCUCACUCUGCCCGGCAACUUCAGAGACCUAUCCAAGCCAAUCGGAGCGUUGAACCCGAAGCGAGCUGUGUUUUAUGCAGAACGCUAUGAUACCUGGGAGGAGGAUGGAACGCCUCCGCAUCACUACGGCUCCCUCUACUCUACCGCUAACACCACACUGCUCUGGAUGCUGCGGAUAGAGCCCUUUACCACGUUCUUCCUGAAUGCCAAUGAGAACCAGUUUGACCACCCUGACAGAGCCUUCUCUGGCAUCGCACGGGCAUGGAGGGACUGCCAACGAGACACCGCUGACGUCAAGGAGUUGAUCCCAGAGUUCUACUACCUUCCAGAGAUGUUUGUUAACAGUAGUGGUUUUGAGCUGGGACAGAGAGAGGACGGGACUCCUGUGUCUGACAUAGAACUGCCAGCCUGGGCCAAGAAACCUGAGGACUUUGUACGCAUCAACCGCAUGGCGUUGGAGAGUGAGUUUGUGUCGUGCCAGCUGCACCAGUGGAUAGAUCUGAUAUUUGGUUAUAAGCAGCGAGGGCCCGAGGCUGUACGAGCUCUCAAUGUCUUCCAUUUCCUGUCCUACGAGGGCUCCGUCACUUUGGAUACCAUCACCGACCCCGCACAGCGGGAGUUGAUGGAGACCCAGAUCCAGACAUGUGGUCAGACUCCAUCCCAGCUGCUGAUCGAGCCACACCCCCCUCGCUCCUCUGCCAUGCACCUGUGUUUUCUUCCUCAGAGUCCUCUGAUGUUUAAGGACCAGAUGCAGCAGGAUGUGAUCAUGGUGCUGAAGUUCCCCUCCAACUCCCCUGUGACCCACGUAGCAGCCAACACCCUGCCCCACCUCUCUGUCCCUGCUGCUGUCACCGUCACCUGCAGCAGACUGUUCGCUGUCAACCGUUGGCACAACACCGUCGGUCUGCGGGGCGCUCCAGGUUACUCCCUAGAACAGGCUCAUCACCUGCCCAUAGAGAUGGACCCUCUCAUUGCCAACAACUCAGGUGUGAGUAAGCGUCAGAUCACAGACCUGGUGGACCAGAGCAUCCAGAUCAACACACACUGCUUCGUGGUUACCGCCGACAACCGCUACAUCCUGGUGUGUGGCUUCUGGGACAAGAGCUUCAGAGUCUACUCUACCGAGACAGGUAAACUGACCCAGAUAGUGUUUGGCCACUGGGACGUAGUGACGUGCCUGGCCCGGUCAGAGAGCUACAUCGGGGGGGACUGUUACAUCGUGUCGGGGUCCAGAGACGCUACCCUGCUGCUGUGGUACUGGAGCGGACGCCAUCACAUCAUUGGAGACAACCCCAACAACAGUGACUACCCUGCUCCUAGAGCUGUGCUGACGGGUCAUGACCAUGAGGUGGUGUGUGUGUCCGUCUGCGCUGAGCUGGGACUGGUCAUCAGUGGGGCCAAAGAGGGUCCAUGUCUGGUCCAUACUAUAACAGGGGAUCUGCUGCGGGCCCUGGAGGGCCCAGAGUUGUGCCUGAGGCCCCGCCUCAUCUCUGUGUCCAGCGAGGGCCACUGUAUCAUCUGUUAUGAGAGAGGACGCUUCUGUAACUUCAGCAUCAACGGGAAACUACUGGCUCAGAUGGAGGUCAACGACUCUACACGGGCGAUCCUGUUGAGUAGUGACGGUCAGAACCUGGUGACAGGAGGAGACAACGGGGUGGUGGAGGUGUGGCAGGCCUGUGACUUCAAACAGCUCUACAUCUACCCAGGCUGUGACGCUGGCAUCCGCGCCAUGGACCUCUCUCACGACCAGAGGACUCUGAUCACUGGCAUGGCGUCUGGCAGCAUCGUAGCUUUCAACAUCGACUUCAACCGCUGGCACUACGAACACCAGAACAGGUACUGAGGAGAGGAGGAUGAAGAGGAGGAUGAAGAGGAGGAGGAGAGGAGGAUGAAGAGGAGGAGAGGAGGAUGAAGA